AGGUUUUGUAAAUAUUAUUCUUCCGUCUAAUAUUAAAAUAUGUAGGUUUCAGUAAACUAUAAUUCUGGAUCAGUGUUAAUGGAUAUUGGACCGUAGUGCACAGUGCGUAUAAAUGGGCCUUUUUUGAGAACUAGGUGAUAUUGAUAUCUACAAAGCAUUUUACUUAUCCUGCAUAGAAAGUUACUGUGUUAUUUGGGAUUGAAAAUAUUUGCACAGGCAUUUGUCGAUACUUAUAUAAAUUUGACAACGACUACGACAAACUUCUUAAGAUAAUUUGAACGGUGUUUGAUGGAUAUAAAGGAAAAUGCAGUUUUGACUGGUUCCUGAAAUUCUAAAGUAGAUGAGCUGACAUUGAAAGCUAUAACCAGUCACCAUGGUUAGCAUACCGGACUGGACCAAGUUUCAGCGACUUCACGACACGAAUCGUGAGGGCACCAAUCUCGCAAGUCUUGACAAGUAUUACAAACAACGCGAGGAAGAGACCAUACGCCAAGCCGAAAAUCAGGGUUUGCUGAAAGUUCCAAGCCAGGAAUACCUGAUCAGAACGUGUGGAAAACUAUACAACGGCAAAUAUAUUAAAGAUGUGGCUCAACUCCUGUAUGUUCGUCUCGAUGGAGUGCAUCUGCGUAAAGUCGGUGACCUGACUUUCUGCGUGAAUCUGCGGAUAUGUAUCCUCAACAACAACUUCCUGACAAAGAUUGACGGGUUGACUGGAUGUCGGCAUCUUAUUAAGCUGGAUUUACACAGCAACCAGUUGUCGUCCCUCCCAGGGAUAGCCUUCUGGUCCGGGAUGCGACAUCUCAGGUUCCUUCAUCUCCAUGACAACCCGCUGGGGAAGUACGAGAAUCUCCAGAACCUUGCCAUGUGUCCUCAUCUCGUGGCGCUCACCAUGUAUGAUACACCGCUGAGUUUGAAGCGAAAUUAUCGCCACCAUGUCGUCAACAGUAUCUGGUCCCUUAAGGCCCUAGAUAACCAUGUGAUAUCGGACGAAGAGAUUAUAGAAGACGCAGUGUUUGGAGGCCAGUUUGCUGCUCGCCACCCGAACUUUCGGAUUCACCUGUUUGACAACACUGGAGAGGUACGGGGAUUUCCAGGCUUUCCUUCCCACAAGAGGGAGCCUAGACCUUAUCGUUUUGUGAUGUAUAAGCACGAUAAUACGCAACACACUUUUGCUGAAGAGCUGAAGCUACUGAAGGAGAUCGAGAGGAAAAUCAACACCAUUCUCUCUCAUCAUUCACCUGUGUUGAUUAUGCAGAAAUAUGUGCGCGGUUAUCUGUCAAGGAAAAAGUAUGGUUCUGUUCGUCGACCGAAGGGAACGUCCGAGCGUGACGCAGGUCUUCUCAUGGUGCCGUCUGACAUCGUGCCUCCUCCACCCAGCUCAAGCCCAGUACCUCCAGAAGCUAGACACCAGGAAGCUGCAGUGUCAGAGGUGGGCACGGUAGAGUACGAUGUGCAACGAUUAUCAGAGGGGCCCAGUGAUUCUGCCUCCAAUCAUCCUAGAGAACAGGUGGAGGGCUACCUUGAGCCUUUCUCAACCCCCCUGGACAUGGCUUACGAGCCCUCUGAGGUCUUUACCCAGGAAGGAUCCCCAAAGAAACGGAAAAAUCUUCUCAUCAAUCUUGCAAAACUUCAGGCAGGAACGUUCUCCAGUCUCUAUGACGAACAAAUCGCCAUUGAGACUAUUCUCCCACAAGAUUCCUUGGAAAAGAUUGAAACUGUGGCUAAAAGGAGGCUGAGAAAAAGAAAAGAAAAAGUACCUCAGAAAAAGGUGGUGAAAAGCGUUAAGCAGUUUUUCGGACCCAUUAUUGAUUCUUCCCCGUCGCCUGAUGUGGAGGAUAAACCGGACUAUGAUGAAGAAACACCAGUUACAGAAUACCGUUUACGAGGGUACAAACCGAAUAUCAUUUUAGUCGAUCCUGUGACAGAAAUGAUUCUGUCGAAACAGGAGGCUGGAAGGUUGGUGAGAGAUGCCGAGCUGGAGCACCACAGACGAAUGCAAGAGGCGCCAUCACCGAGGUUGAAAAUGCCAACAAAAAAAAUCGCUAACAAUGAUCAGAGGAUAUUUUCUAAGGUUCAUGGAACAAUGGGAAUGUCAUGUUUGUUUGCGGUUCAUCAGGCGUACAAGGAUCGAGAAAAGGCUGAGAAAACUGCAAUGAAAAUGGAGCAUAUUCUGAGUAUGAGAGACGAACGCGAUCGGGCGAAGGAGCGAAUAAGAUUGUAUCACGAUGAGAAAAGAUCUAAUGCCCUCAAACAGCGGGACAUGGAGAGGGCUAAAACUUUAGAGCAGUUGGAGAAACGUGAAAUGUUGAGAUUAAAUUACUUGGAUAAACGUCACGAGUUGAAGAAUAAAUCUGCUGAUCUUACAAGGAGUUAUAGGCAAGACUUUACGUUUAUCACCGAAUUCAGCAACCAGCACACUUCCGUUUCCAAUGCCCUGAUGCGACACGAUCGCCAGGCAAAGUUUGAAGAUACUCUGCAAGCCAAGAACGACCUUGUAGCAAACAUGAGUGCCGCUGAAGCAGAACAGAAAGAAGUGGUGAAAAAAUAUCUCGAGCAUCGACAGUUAAUGAGACAGACGGAAUCGGCAAUGGCACGAGCCACCCUCGAUACCAGAAUGCUGCAAGAGGUCAAUGACCGCAUGCUUGAGGCAAAAUCUCGUGUGGCACAGCAGAAAGCGCGACGGGACACUGUGCAGACGUUUUACCCAUUACCAGUAAUGACACCAGUUCCCACCUCUUCUUCGGCUCCUCCGUAUGUGGUUCCCGGCUUACCACGCUGGGACACAAAUCUUCUUAUGAACCAUGCACGUGGAAGUAAUAAACAGUCCACUAUGGUUCAGUAGCGUUUAGCAAACAUUUUUAAGAUGCUUUUUGAGUCUUGGACAUGACAUCGUGGUUUAUGAUAACCUUGCAUUGUGUGAUUUUAUACAGCCUGUGAUAUUUUAUUAGAUUAUAAUCAGUCCAAUAUUUAUGUUGCCUGUGAUAUGUUUAGAUUUUUAUAAUUUACUGAAAUUUUUGACACUUUAUAGCAUGAGGAUGGUUAGUUAUCUAGAGUUAUUUAUAACUAAUUAAAUUGUCUGUUUAUAAUCAGUAAAAUAAUUUUAAAACUGUUUUGUCAAGUAAAUCAUCAAACAUAACUAGUAUUUAAAAUGUGUUGUUGGUUUUUGUAAUAGACAAAUGUGUUGUUUAAACUACAAAUGUGUGCAUAUUUCAGAUUAUCAGAUAAUUGGUUAUAAGGUAAAUUUUGACUGCUUAUAAUGUUAAUUUUAAAGAACAAUGUUUCCAUAACAGGAUUUUGACUGCAAAAGACUAAUGGGUUGUGAUUUUUUUUGCUGAAUGUUUAAAAAAUGUAUUACGUGUAUUUUUUAUUAAAUUUGUUUCCAAAUUUAUUAACAAAAUGUUUUAAAAGUAAUAAUUAUACACUACUGAUUGUGAUAAAUUAUAAUGCAUUUCAAGAUUGACAUUUGCUAAUAAAUUAAUGGGCCAGUGUUGGUUACAAUUGUUUUCAAGCAAAUAAUAUAAAAAUAGUACUACCGGUACAUGUAUGCUAAAUCUUAAUUUUACAGAUGCCAUAUCUAAAAUUCGCAGUGUAUGUAGCAUAAGCUUUAAUUUAUUUAUUAUUUAUACAUUAAUUAUGUUCACAAACAGUAAUAAAAUACACUUCACA